AUGUUAACUUUACUACCAAGCAUUUUUUGCAUCCUAAUAACGACAGAAUUUACUCUGGGAAAUUUUGCCAAUGGCUACAUAGCACUGGUGAACUGCAUUGACCGGGUCAAGAGACAAAAGAUGUCCUCAGCUGAUCAAAUUCUCAUGGCUCUGGCGGUCUCCAGAAUUGGGUUGCUCUGGGCAAUAUUAAUAAAUUGGUAUAGAGCUGUGCUAACUCCAGUUUUAUAUAGUUUAGAAGUAAGAAUUAUUGUUUAUAUUGCCUGGGCAGUAAGCGACCAUUUUACCACCUGGCUUGCUACUAGCCUCAGCAUAUUUUAUUUGCUCAACAUAACUAAUUUCUCUAGGCUUAUAUUUCUUUACCUGAAGUGGAGAGUUAAAAGGGUACUUCUCAUAACGCUGUUGGGGUCUUUGGUCUUUUUGGUUUCUUAUCUUGCAGUGCUGUGCAUAGAUGAGAAUAUGCAGACUAAUGAGUAUGAAGGAAACAUUACUAGGAAGACCAAAUUGAAGGAUAUUGUACGCCUUUCAAAUAUGACUCUAUUCACAAUAACAAACUUCACAUCUUUUACUAUGUCCCUGACAUCUUUUCUGUUGUUAAUCAUUUCCCUGUGGAAACAUCUCAAGAAGAUGCAGCUCAACGGCCAAGGAUCCCAAGAUCCCAGCACCAAAGUCCAUAUAAGAGCCGUGCAAACUGUGGUCUCCUCUCUCUUGCUACAUGCCAGUCUCUUCCCGGCUCUAGUUAUCUCAAUUUGGAAUCCAAGUAGGCUGCAGAAUAAACUGGUUAUUAUGCUUUGCCAGGCUCUUGGAAUGCUGUAUCCUUUAAACCACUCAUUUAUCCUGAUUUGGGGAAACAAGAAGCUAAGACAAGCCUUAAAAAAUAUAAGAAAGACUCUAAGAUUUCCACACCAUUAA